UAAUAAUAAAGCUUUAAUUUAAAUUUCUCAUUCAUUAUCAUCAAAAUCAAAAAUUAAAAUCAAAUUGGCGAACAACAUGGCAACAUUACAAUUAAAACCGGUUACCGGAUAUCAUCGUGAAGAAUUAUUAGACGAUGGUGGUGAAUCAAUUAUGAAUAAUAAUAAUGAUUCAAUAAAUAUAAUGUUUCCACGUAAUGUAACUAGUAUUGGUAAUCCACAUUUUUCAAAUAAUUUACAAUUAAUACAACAUGAAGAAUCAACAUCAUCAUCUGUUGCAUUGAAUGAUCCAUUCGCAAAUAUCACCAAUUUACGAUCUCAGAAUUUAUUAUCAUCACCAUCAUCGAAUGAUAUGAAUGUUCCAUCAUUAGCCACCGCCAACAAUAACAACAACAACAAUAAUAAUAAUAAUAAUAAUAAUAAUAGUAGUAGUAGUAAUUUAAAUGAAAAUUAUUCAAUAUCAUUCAUAACGACAUCAAAUGUUUUUGGUAAUAAACGAAAUUUUUGGCUACGUAUGACACAAUUUGAAAGGAUCUCAUUUUUUGCAAUCAUAUUAUUGGCAUUAAUUAUAUUUGUUUUGGCAUUAAUAUUAUUAUUACAACCGAAUCCUAUUCUUCAAGUACAUUUGACUAAUGAAAAUUCUUUAUUAUGCCUUAAACCGAAAUGCAUUUCGAUCGCCAGUUCAAUUAUUGAUUCAUUGGAUGAGAAUGUAAAUCCUUGUGAUGAUUUCUAUCAUUAUGCAUGUGGUGGUUGGAUCAAAAAGAAUCCAUUACCAGAUGGUCAUGCAUCAUGGGGAACGUUUGGAAAAUUAACACAAGAUAAUCAACUUAUAUUGAAAAAUGUUCUUGAAGAUAAAAAACGUAAAUUUAGUGAUGCUGAACGAAAAGCCAAAAUAUAUUAUGAUUCAUGUAUGGAUCGUACUAAAGUGAUUGAAACAUUAAAGGCUAAACCGAUGCAAGAAUUUAUUGAUUUGAUUGGCGGCUGGAAUAUUAGCGGUGGAUUCGAUGUUGAAGCAUGGAGUUUACAAAGUAAAUUAACAUUAAUGCAUAAUCGUUAUAAUCGUGGUGGCCUAUUCGAAUGGUCAGUUAGUGCGGAUGAAAAAGAUUCCACCAAAAAUGUAUUGAAUCUACAGCAAGGCAGCUUUAUUAUGCCAAGAGAUUAUUAUCUGAAUAAAACAGAUAAUGAUGAAGUAAUUAUAGCAUAUUUAGAUUUUAUGACUAAAGUGGGUGUUCUGUUGGGUGGCGAUGAAACAACGACACAUGAACAGAUGAAACGUGUAAUGGAAUUCGAAAGACAAGUAUCGAAAAUAUUGAUACCACCGGAAGAUUUACGUGAUGAUCAAAAAACCUAUCAUAAAAUGCAAUUGAGUGAUCUGAAUAAAUUGGCUCCAUUCAUCGAUUGGAUAGCCUAUUUCAAGGAAGCAUUUGCACCUAUUAAACGUGAAAUUACGGAAAAAGAACCUAUCGUUGUAUAUUCACCCGAAUUUUUUGGUAAUCUAUCCGAACUAAUCGAACAACAUUUAAGUGAUAAUGAUAAUAAAACAAUCCUAGUCAAUACGGUAGUUUGGUCAGUAGUACAACCAAUGGUUACAUAUCUAUCGAAACCAUUUCGUGAUGCAGCCAAAACAUUUACACAGGUUUUAAUCGGUUCCGAAGGUAGCUCAAGUCAAUGGCGUUAUUGUAUUGGUGAUACAAGUUCGGUACUUGGUUUCGCUGUCGGUUCAAUAUUUGUACACUCAGCAUUUCGUGGUGAAUCAAAAAAUGAAAGUAAAAUCAUGAUACAACAGAUCAAAGAUGCAUUCAAAGAACAUCUGGAAAAUUUAACAUGGAUGGAUCGACAAACAUUAGAAUUGGCAAUGGAAAAAGCAGAUGCCAUUACCGAUAUGAUUGGUUUUCCAGAUUUUAUACUUAAUGAAAAAAAAUUAAAUAAACGCUACAAAGAUUUGAUAGUUAAAGAUGAUCAGUAUUUUAAGAAUAGCAUUAAUGCAAAUAUUUUUCUGCUAAAUGAAUAUAUUAAAAAGAUUGAUAAACCGACAAAUAAAAGCGAAUGGGAUAUGGCACCGCCCGUUGUUAAUGCAUAUUAUGCUCCAACUAAAAAUCAAAUCGCUUUUCCAGCCGGCAUUCUACAGCCACCAUUUUAUGAUGUUAAUCGACCAAAAUCGCUCAAUUUUGGUGCUAUGGGUGUUGUGAUGGGUCAUGAAUUGACUCAUGCAUUCGAUGAUCAGGGUAGAGAAUAUGAUAAAAAAGGAAAUCUACAUGAAUGGUGGCAACAUGGUACGAUAUUAAAAUUCAAAGAACGAAUGAAAUGUUUUCAAGAACAAUAUUCAAAAUAUAUGAUUGGAAAUGAUCAUGUAAAUGGAAAACAAACACUUGGCGAAAAUGUAGCCGAUAAUGGUGGUCUUACUUCUGCUUUCCAUGCCUUCACAAAAUGGUCACAACAAAAUGGUGAAAAUGGUUUCCAAUUGCCUGGAUUGAAUUUCACACAGAAUCAAUUAUUUUUCAUUGGUUUCGCACAAGUAUGGUGUUCAAUCAAUACACCCGAAGCAUUAAAGAUUCAGAUUCGUAAUGAUCCACAUACACCAUCACAAUAUCGUGUCAUUGGAACAUUAUCAAAUUCACCACAAUUUUCUCAAGCAUUCAAUUGUCCAAUUGGAUCGUCAAUGAAUCCUAAAGAAAAAUGUAAUAUUUGGUGAUCAUUCAGUCAUUCAUUCAUAUUUUAUUCAUAAAAUAUUUGAUUAUCAUUAUUAUUUGCCAACUUUUGUUCACAUACACACAACAACAACAACAACAAAAAACAUCAAACAUUUUUUUUUUGAAUGAAGAAAAAAAAUGGCCAAAAUGUUCCAAAAUUUGAUUGCCCAAUAUACUAUAAUAAAUUGCCCAAAUGAAAAGAUAUUCGAAUCAAUAAAAAAAAAUUUGCCAAAAAAAA